ACACACACACACACACACGCGCUCUCGCAGUCCGCACUUGGGAGAUGUUAAAGGGAGAGUGCAGAUUGAGCUCCAACGCGAUUACAAUUUAAAUCAGAAUGACAUAUCUAUUUAUUUUGCUUUUUACUUGCAAUUUGAGUUUAACAUUACUGGACUAUGUACCAAGACUGCGCCUUCAUCAAGACAGUGAUGGUAAUAGUGUGUACUAUAACCAGAGCCAGAGGCACACUGUGUUUUUUCUCCCAGAGGAGUCUAGUGAACUGUACAUCGGAGGAACAAAUUUUGUGCACAGGAUUCAUUUAGAAGAUGCCAGCCUUGUAGAGAGCAUUCCAGUGACUGGGGACCAAAGCUGCCGAGAGAUUUCCUGUGAAAAUAUAAUUACCAUCAUUCAGCAAUUCCAGGACAGCUUGUUUGUGUGUGGUACAAAUGGAAACAAGCCACAGUGUUGGAAGCUGGUAGGAAAUCAGUCGACUGAAGUUAUUCCAAGCUAUGAAGGCACAGGGAUAGCACCACACACUUAUGCGCAUAACUCCCUAUCUAUCAUUGUAGAGGGGGAUCUAUACACUGCAGUGCCUCUGAACAGCGAUGGGAGCUCACUGCAGUUCCACAGGAAGGCGGGCCGAAGGCCGAAUGUCUGGAUGCGUGACAGAUGGGUGAAGGAACCCACCUUCAUCUCCACUAUUUGGGUCAGGCGUAAGGAGGACAAAGACCAGGAGAAGAUCUAUUUGUUCUUCAGGGAGAAGAACUCAGACAGCAGUCCAGAUGCUGACCCCUGGAUAUCGAGAGUUGCCCGUGUGUGCAAGGUGGACGAGGGUGGUUCGAAGAGAUUCUUACAGAACAUAUGGACAUCAUUCCUGAAAGCGAGGCUGGUGUGUGGGAUUCCCGGGGAGUCGCUGUACUUCAACCGUCUGCAUGACGUCUACGUCCAGCACGCCAAUGACUGGAAGGACAGCCGGCUUUACGCCCUCUUUAGCAGCAGCUGGAACUCUACUGCUGUUUGCAUCUACUCCAUGGCAGACCUUGAUAAUAUCUUUGAGGAAUCCACCUUCAAAGGAUUUUAUGGAGACAUCCCUGAACCAAGGCCAGGAACAUGUGUCCCGAACAGUAGGACCCUGCCUGUGAGCACCGUAAGAAUCGUAAGGGACUACCCUGAAAUGAGCAACUGGAUCCAACCCGUCCACAGACAUGCCCCGUUCUACAUCAGCGCCAACAACUACACCAAAAUCGUUGUGGAUCGUGUCACAGCCGCCGACGGCGUUGCUCACAAUGUGCUCCUCCUUGCUACUGCCCAAGGAACGAUCCACAAGAUCUUAGAGGACAACUCUAAACCCUUCAUUAUCUCUGAGACGUUUCUCUCUAAUCGCACUGGACCUGUUCUGUCCAUGAAACUGAAUUCCCAAAUGAGGAAGCUGUUUGUUGGCUUUCCAGAGCAGAUCGCUUGGUUGGAUCUGCAGAGAUGCCAGGAUUAUAAUGAAUCUUGCCAAGAAUGCGUUCUUGCAAGGGAUCCAUACUGUGCCUGGAAUGAGUUGGGGUGCACACCUGUCAGCCAGGGAGGGAUUCAGAACAUUCCUGGCGGUCAAACAAGUGUUUGUCCCAAAAGCAAUCUAGAAACAAAGAGACCAAAAAGGGAUGCCCUGUCACAAACCCAAGAGCCUCUCGGAGUUACCUACUCUGUCUCAUUGGGAGUCCCCUUUUACCUGUCCUGCCCAAUACACUCCAACCAUGCCUCCUACACCUGGAAGUAUGGGGGCCGCAGCAGCAGGUGCCAACAGACAGGGACCGACUGCCUGCACCUCAUCACCGCCAUGAGCGAGAACAACUACGGGAGGUACUACUGCUUGUCCAGCGAGCGUGACUACACCACAGUGGUGAGCUCAUACCAGCUCAAUCCCAGCAGUCAGGAAUCGAGUGGAGGAGUCCGGGCCUCAGCAGAGACGCCCGCCAUGGCUCUUCUCCUGGCGGCUCUUUUAGUAACGUCCUGCUGUUAGAACUAACAUCUCUCUCGCCGUCAUAAUCUAGUCGGUUAUUUCCUGCAUCUUGGCUACUGAGCAUGUCACACAAUUAGAAUGAAAAUUAAGACCUUUUUCAGACCUAUUUCAUUCAUCGCCAUGGCAACUGCACUGACUGCAUUGCUUUCUGUUCUACAAUGCAGAGAUUGAAAAAUGUGAAAAUAAUAUAAUUUAUUCGUAUACAGCUUAGAUCCCAAAAUUGCCUGAGAUUUUUACCCGUGGCAGAUUGAGAUCUGUUUGAUUUUGUGUGUAUGGGAAGUUUUCUGAGAAUUCUAUUCAUAGGGAUGACAGUAAGAGCAAGUAGUGUUCCUGGGGUGUAAGGACCAAUUAAAGUCUGUAUGUAAGGUGGGGCUGUCCCCUUAACUGCCUGGAAUACUAACACUAGUGGCUUGAAGCGGAUGUGUGCAGGAAUAGGCAGCCAGUGGAGGGUGAUGAAAAGCGGGGUGACAUGAGCUGACCUGGGCUGCCUGGUGGUCAGGCGGGCUGUAGGAUUCUGGACCAGCUCGAGAGACUUGAUGGUACAAGCUGGGAGACCAGCCAGGAGGGAGUUGCAGUAAUGCAGACAAGAUCGGAUGAGCACCUGUGGCUUUCUCCAUCAGGAGAUGAGGAAUCCAGCGUAUGUUGCGGAGGAAGAACCUGCAGGCUCUGGCAGUGGAGGGUGUGUGUGUGUGUGUGUGUGUGUGUGUGUGUGUGUGGUGACGCUCAGAUUGUCAUCCAGGGUCAAGAUUGUCAUUUCCAAGAUUCUUGGCUGAGCAGGAGUGGCGGGUGCUACAAAGUCCUUGAUGGUAAGUGAGAGCAGGGAUGAAAAGAAGUGAAGCUCUUCCUGAGGUUAAGCUUCAGGUGAUGGAAGGUCAUCCACACAGAGAUCUCAGCCAAGCAGGCAGAGAUCUGGGUGGUAACUUGUGUAUCAGGAGAGAAGGAAAGAAAGAGUUGGGUUGGCAUAACAUAACGGUGGUAAGGAAAGCCAUGGGAAGAGAUAACAGAACCAAGAGACAUGGUGUACAGAGAGCGCUCAGACCAAGAGUGCUGCUACAUAAAUGUAAUUAGCAAGCUUUAUUAGGCCAUUUCAUUACAAAGAUGAUUACAUAAACAAAAAGGAUACACAUUGAGAUGCAUGAGGCUUGGGUCCAGGUUUGGACAUGAGUCCGGAUUCAGACGCACUAGAUGUGGGAGUUCUGCUGCAGUAUCUGGUGUUCGGAUCUGGUGUCUUGGGGUGUGGGCCUGGAAAGAAAGGGGCUUUGAAAGAACGCCCAUUCAAAUGGGAGGGGUUACAUAACAAUUGUGUCCUCUGAGAGACUUCUGAAUAGAAGCUCCGUCCAAUUAGUGGGUAGCAUUCUUGGAAGUACUGCUUCAGUAUGUGGUCCAGACCUGCCAACGCUGUCGCAGUGAGUCACUCAAAUUAAAGGCAAUGACUCAGUAAGGAGAAUAUAGUGUGUCUUUCGCUUUGGUAUCGCACUUGAGAAGUCGACAAUCAUCAGAGUGUUCGAUGUCCAAUCCAGAGGGUGUGCGCUUGAAGAUUCCUUUAGCCAGCCACAAGCAAAAAAAAAAAGAAAAAAAGAAGGGCGGAUUAGUUUCUGAAAUGGGUUGUGCUAAAUUGAGUCUCUGUGGACAGAUCUCAGUGCCAUUACGCUCGGUUUCUGUUCCAGGGAGAGCUUGUGUCAUUGUAUUGGUUUCCACAGGAUAGGGUGGAGUGCUUUCUGGGGAGACUUAGCUAUAUUUUUAUGGGCUCAGUGGCUUGGAAAAGCGGUUCCCAUGUCUAUUCUCUAAUGGUUGGUUUGUUAUUGAAGUGCACAACAUGACUGGAGUGCAAGCUGUUAUCAGUAAAGACCAUAUCAAAAGUAAAAGAUAAAAAAAACAAAUGGCAAAGGGAACAUUUCAUAAUGAAACGGAAAGGAAAGGAAUAGGAAAAGCCAGUCUGUGCACGAGGCUCAAAACAUUGUAAUUGUUCGGAAAACAUGGAAGUUGAAAACGUGAAAAAUGUUGGCGAAUGGCCAUUACAGCCCACUGUAAUGCUAGAAUGGCUGGCUGUGUUGAAAUAUAAUCUCCCAUUCUUUAUAUACUUUUAUGUUGUCAGGCAGUACAAUGUAUUCUAUAGAUACCGUACAAUCGCUGAGCACUUUAUUAGGAACACCUGUACACCUACAUAUUCAUGCGAAUAUCUAAUCAGCCUUCGAGUGGCAGCAGUGCAAUGCAUAUAAUCAUGCAGAUAUGGGUCAGGAGCUUCAGUUAAUGCUCACAUCAGCCGCCAGAAUCGGGGGAAAAAAAUCUCUGAUUUUGAUUGUAGCAUAAUUGCUGAUGCCAGACAGGCUGGUUUGAGUAUUUCUGUAACUGCUGAUCUCCUGGGAUUUUCACGCACAACAGUCAGCAGUUCUGCAGGCAGAAAUGUGUUGUUAAUGAGCGAGGUCAGAGGAGAAGGGCCAGACUGGUCCAGAAGGUGAGAGUAACACAGAUAACCACGCAUUACAACAGUGGUAUGCAGAAGAGCAUCUCUGAACACACAACACGUGGAUAGACUAAAGUGCUCACUGAGUAUAUAUAUAUUUUUUAUGUGUAUUUGAGCAAUACAAUACAUUCAUCCAGGACAAUGACUUCUAAAGAUUAAAUAUAUAUUUAUGUAAAUAUAUAUUUUUAAAAUAUAUACACGCAAGGUUGGUGGUUUGAUCCCCGGUGUAGCCACAAUAAGAUCUGCACAGCCAUUGGGCCCUUGAGCAAGGCCUUUAACCCUGCAAUGCUCCAGGGGAGGAUUGUCUCCUGCUUAGUCUAAUCAACUGUAUGUCGCUCUGGAUAAGAGCGUCUGCCAAGUGCCAUUAAUGUAAUGUAAUAUAAAUUGUGUAUUUGAGCACAGCUUUCGAUACUGCUAAUAAUUCAGCCUCAAACCCAUGUAUUUGACCGUUCUUUCUUGCAUAAUAUUUAAUGUAUGGAAAACUACUAAUGCCCUCCCACUGUCUCAAAGGGGGUGAACCAAGAAAUAACUAUUGUCUUAUGUCUAGACUCGCGUUUAGUUUUAUUUAGAAUCAAAAUUGAGAAUCAAAAGGUGCGGACACUGUUGCUUCAUCUUAUGCUUGCCUCGUUUCAUUUCUGCUAAUAAAAGUGGUUCAUAAAAAUGUGUUAAAUCAGUUUGGUAGGCUAGUAGUUUUCCUGUGAUACUCGCUGCUGUAAUUUAGCUUGCUUGUUGAACUGCAAGGUGCAAAUUGCACAAUAGGUAUGCACAAUAGUAUGCACAAUAUUGCAUCAGCAGAAAAAUGACGUAAGGGAUAAUACCCUAUGAACGAGUCAGUUCUUAGAAAAUACCUACCACCCUGAGGGGCAAUGAUUUCCUCAGUAAAGUCACAUUGACAACUUGUUAAUUAAGGUCAAAAGAAACUGUGGUUCUUCUACAGGAACAUUGUGUUCCUCCUUUGUUUUUUGAAGCAUCAUUCCUCCCUCCCUGUCCUGUGACGCUCCCUCCUCAGCUUUACGUUUUAUCACUAACUCUAGCUCUCCGACUCAUGGUCUGUUACACCAGUCUGUGGGAUGGGAACCAUUAUUAUUAUUCACUUAUUUUUUGACCUACCAAGCUAACUCACAGAAGUUGGCACAUUGCCUCCUUUACUUAACAUUACCGCCUCAAGUUAUACUACAUCUCUCUACUUAAGACCCCGUUUGUCUGUAGUCUCUGUAAUUGUUUAUGUCUGAGUUCUGUCCAUUUCUUUUCGUAUGUAUUUAUCUUAAAUAUUUUAAAUUAUAUUUUACUUUCUUGAGGGUAUUUUUUAUUUAUUUUUGUCUGUUAAUGUAGUUUUCUUUAUACUGUAUGUACAGUAUGACUAGUGCAAUGAAAUGGUUUUUCAGAAUGAAAAUGUAGCAAAAGAUUUCAAUUUGUUUAAAACGCUUUGUAUCAUUGCAGUAAUACCAUGAAAUAUAUUCAUAUUUCCCGUUUGUAUGAGUGAAAUGAAGAAAUAAGUAUAUGAAGGAUUGCUACUUUAUAUUUUUAUGGAUAAUCUUUAUUUUAUAUUUACUAUAUUUAUAUCUUACACAGGGUGUUGAUUAAACCACAACUAUCUACUGCUUAUAUUUGCACUAGCCUCUGCUCCUCCAAAACAUUUCUAGUGCUCUGCUGUUCUAUGAUUCAAUGUUAUUGUUUUGGCUGAAUAUGUACCUUAUUUCACCUGUAUUAUUCUUGGUUUUGUGCAUGAAAUACAUGCACAUACUGUAUAUGUAUGCAUUUUACCUGUUUAUUAUUUAUUAAUUAUAUUGUAAUAUAUGUUUUUAUGUUGAAUAUGAGUUUAUUUUUAUAUUUAUGUAGGGCUGAGUGGGCCAUAUUGUUGCACUUUUCACUCUUGAAUUUCUUGGGCGCAAUACAUCACAAUGUCAUACCAAAUCAAAGAA